CAACAUCCCUCUAUCAACCACUUCAAACUUCUCUUCCGCCCCAUAUCCCGUGAGGUAUCAGUUGCUUGAUCGCCUCAAGCGUACGCAGUCUGCAUCCCCAAAAGCAUUCCGUUGCCGAACUCCCGUUCCAGCAGCCUUGAGGCGGAACGGCAGGGCUAGGCAGUGAGGAGGCUCUGAAGACCAACCCACAACUUUCCAUCCAACUCUGCAUCCACCAUGUCUAGCCAGAAGCGCAUCACUAAGGAACUCGGUGAACUCACCACCUCUCCUCCCGCCGGAAUCACGGUCGCUUUGGCCGAUGAGGCGAAUCUCUUCCAGUGGAAGGUCACCAUGGAGGGACCAGCUGGAUCGCCGUAUGCUGGUCACCUCUUCAACCUCUCCUUGACUCUCCCACCAAACUACCCCUUCAAACCACCAACUGUGACCUUCACCACCAAGAUCUACCACCCAAACAUCUCCAAUGACUCUCCACCAAACUCCGGCACCAUGUGCUUGGGCAUGUUGAGGGAGUCCGACUGGAAACCUAGCACGAAGAUCGUCGCAGUCUUGGAGUUCGCUCGACAGUUGUUGAAAGAACCCAACCCUGAUGACGCCGUCGAAGGCAAGAUCGCCGACCAGUACCGCAGUGACUAUGCCGCGUAUGAGAAGGAAGCCCGCGAGUGGGUCAAGCGCUAUGCGACGGCCAAGAAAUGAACCCUUCACCACGUUGUGACUUGUCUGUUGCGCAGUCCCGGCCUCAUUCAUGCGGUAUUAGAAUAGGAUACUCUCUUAUCUUUUUUGCAAACGGAAAUUGCGGAAAAUGGGAAAAUCCGAUUCUGGGAUAUGUCAUGUGGGAAAUGAUUGAUGUGGUCACGGAACAUAUCGACAAAGACACACGAGACAAUGAUAAACGACAUGGCGACGGGUGAGGAAUAGAAAGAUCAGAGUACCAGGUGAAGCAGGCGCGAUGACUCUGACACAGAGCUAGCGAGCAGGCAUGCAUCCAUACGGUACGCAUACGCGCACGCACGUAUCACCGACAGCGAUUAUCGGAGGCACAGAAAGGACCACACGAAAGCCGCAAGCGGAUGAGCACUCAGCUCUGAUGCGAAGGCAUCGCCGUGUCUAGCAUACAACAAUAAAAAAAAAUC